GAGAAUUGACGAUUGCAGUAAAAAAAAUUCCUUGUCGCGAUGAAUUUCUCAACAAUACAAUACAACUGCCAAUUCACAUCAAGUAUUUGGCAACUCACUGGGAAAGGAUAUGUCAUUCAGAUUGUGCUCAGUGGCUUUGUCAUGAUAAAUAUUUCAAUUUUUAACGUCAUCUUUUUGCACGGUUUAUGGAAAGCAAAAAAGAAAAAAACCACCUCAACAAAGCUGUUCAUGAUGCUGUCAAUUGCAAAUUUAUGCUUAGGAUGUGUCACAUUGCCACUUGUUCUCGUGAUGCACCAUCUACCGCCUUGCUUGUGUGUCAUGGCGUUAUUUAUAUGCUCUAUUCCACCCAACAUGACUGCUGCAAUAACAGUUGUUCUUGCUUGCCACAGAUUGCAUAUCGUACGGCGUAUAUAUCAUACUACGGUCUUACAUCACAUUCUUUUGGGACAAAGAUAUGGACUUAGAUAUGCUUAAGAUCAUGAUAUUUGCUGGGUACUACGUGCUGUGGUUGCAUUCCCUCUGCAACACAUGCAUAUUAAUCGUAAGGAGCAACGAAAUAUGCUACUACUAUAAAGGCUUGAUGCAGCGAGGAAAAAAAGUUCAUCCGAUAUGCAACAGCGUCGCCUAUGCCGUAAGCAUACAAAGAAGAGAAGGCAGAAUUGGACACUUUUGAUAUGAAUAAAAUUGUUCGGAACGAAGGGUUUAACAUUGACUAAUGUUGUGUUUGUAGUCUUCCUAGUGGCUCUCCCCUCACAGCUCUUGGGGGUUUUCUCUGUGUGGCUUUCCCCAGUGUGCGUUCGCCAUUGGCUUGUUUCUGUACAUAUACGCACAGUCACACAACUGGUGUGUCGAUUGGGCGUAGGCGAACAGAUGUGCAGUGAAGUCUUAUCAACACGUGUUAUCAGUGAUAUUGACACCUUUAAGGUUUGGGCUUAUUUUUAGUAUUUUGGUAAUUUUGUGAACCUGGGAAUAUUGUGUUAUUUGAGCAAUUCAAGAAAGAAACGAUAUAUUCGA